UUGCUGCGUUAUUAGAUGUAUACUCGACCGUCCUCACUUCUCCUCCUCAGUCAAGCCAGUCCUGCUCAAGCCGCCCAAAAAUGCCCCGCCUCUGCAGCCCCCAACGCUAAAAACGUCAAACAGAUGCUUCUGGACUGGUGCAAGGCCAAAACGGAGCCAUAUGGGGGAGUGGACAUCCACAACUUCUCCUCCAGCUGGAAAGAUGGCAUCGCCUUCUGCGCUUUGGUGCACCGUUUCUUCCCCGACGCGUUUGAGUAUUCCACCCUGAACCCGAACAAGGCCAAGGACAACUUCCAGCUGGCGUUUAGUACCGCAGAGAGGCUGGCCGGCUGUCCCCCACUGCUGGACCCCGAAGACUUGGUCCGGAUGAAGGAGCCUGACUGGAAGUGCGUUUACACGUACAUCCAGGAGUUCUACCGCUGCCUGGUUGAAAAAGGCCUGGUCAAAACCAAAAAGAGGGCUUAGUCUCUUGGCUGGACAUUCGCAUUUAAACAAAGUCAAGUAGACACAUUCGGUUUGCCGUGAAGAAAUGGAAGGCAUAGCUUUGGAACGUGAUCAUUAAUGGACCCUUGAUCAGGUACAUCCACACAGACUGAGAGUGCAAAAUCUACCUUUUCAAACAAUAAAAUGCAGUUUGGAUUGACACGAUCGGAGAAGUAUUCCCUGACUUAUUGCAGAGAUCCAUUACGAUGACACACAUUUUCAGUUACAAAGGUUCAUUUUCCAAUUCAAGCAGUCCCUUUUAUUCAUGUUGUGGUCAGUGAUAGAUUGAUCCAGAAGACAAUCGUUUUGUCAAUCUAUUGACGUUAAAUAUUUUUACUUUAUUAAAAUGGAUUAACGAUUGUAUGUGAA